CUCUCUCUCCUGAUAAAGUGUCAUCUGAACAUGAUCCAGUCUGUGGCCCCAAGAGCAAACCUGGGAAUUUGUAGGACCCAGCAGCCCUCGCAGCCCCCGGCUUCACCUGUUCGCAUGCACAUUUCUUCCCCUUUUCCCCCCACUUGGGAUUGCCUUCUAUCACCCCACGAUAAUGCCCACAGCCCUCAUGCCUCUAACAAUGCUGUCGUACGCGGGCUGCAGCUUGCUGAUCCUCUCCGCGUCCCUCGCCGGCGCCUCCCUGGCCGAGAUGGUGUUCCGCUGCCCGGGCUGCACCGCGGAGCGUCAGGCGCUGUGCCCGAAGCUCACCGAGGCUUGCGCGGAGAUCGUGCGCGAACCGGGCUGCGGGUGCUGCCCCGUGUGCGCCCGGCAAGAGGGCGAGAUGUGCGGCGUGUACACCCCGAGGUGCUCCACCGGUUUGCGGUGCUACCCUGCGCCCGACUCGGAGCUUCCCCUGGAGCAACUGGUGCAGGGCCAGGGCCAGUGCCGGCGCAAAGUGGACACCACCGAGACCAGCACCUUGAGCCAGGAGCAGCGGGAGCAAACCAGCGGUGAGUCGCUUCUCUAACUGGAAAUGUGUUUUUUUCUUCUAUCAAUUUUUAAUGAGUGUGUCUAGACUGCAGCGUGGAGAAGAGAGGAGAAAUAUUGCAGAGUCAUGACGGCUGAGCCCAAAUCUGUGUCAAACAGGGACUGUUGCUUCAUGGGGAACUUCUCAUAGUUUGCCUUUCUUGUGUGCAUUGCAUCAUUUAAAUCAUGAGUACACAUUUCCACUCCUGAAACAUCGAAAUAAUCUGAUUAUUUCCCCUUUUGAACAAAUGCAAACAUGCAGUUUUCAUGCCAGAGCGUGCAAUCUCUUCACUUUCCUGCAGCAUUGAUCCUUUUUUGUGCUUAUUGCAUGACAUUUCCACACUCUCCUGUGUUGCAUAGACCUGCUCAAAGUCUUGUGAAUCAUCCCAGAGAGAAACAAAAGAGGAAAACUCCCUCAGCUAUGCACCAAAACAGCUGCCCCUGCAGCUUUCCCCCCCAAUAUCUGCCUGUAAAAGUCUGGAACCAGGAGGUAAAAGUUGAACUUUCUGUGGGAUGGGAUGCAGAAAACAGCGUCGUAUUGAUGUUGACAUUUCCACAGGGGAGAGGAGGGAGAAAAAAAAGAGAGAAAAGUACAGCAGGAGGAAUGCUGCAUUGAUUGGGAAAAGUGGACUUCAAGCUUUGACUGUAACCUGCUAUUGACAGGGUCUGAAAAUAAGCUGUACGUCCACGCAGGAGGAGCACAAUGAAGCUCCGUGUGGUGCGUGUUUGAACAAGGAAAGGUCACUAAGAAGAAGAAAAGCCAACAGCCUCAUUAAUCGGCUGAGAGUGGCUGGUGGAGCCGGCCGGAGUGUGAUUUUAUACACAUUUACGAAAUCCAGGCUUUGUCAGAGUUUACCUCCAGACCGACACGUGUUUGUCUUGGCUUUAGGGACGCGGACUAACCCCCUCGAGUGACCCUCUUUUUCUCUGCAAGACUCUCACAUGUUCGCAAAAACAAUCAUCUUGAUGAUUAAACUCAUUCGUGCAAACUUUUGCUCCCGAUGAGUUUAGGAGUUACGUAAGAGCACAACAAGGCGAAACACGGAUGUGUCGUGUGAAGACUUGCUCUAAAGACGGUAAUUUGUUAGAUGUCAAUGAUUUUUCUCUCCCUGCAGGUUUUUGCGUUCAGGUUGAAAGCUCUGCGGUGAAGUCAGAACGGUUAAAGCGAGUUUUGGAUAAAAGCCUCGCUGUCUCAGAUGGAAGAGUGAUUUCUGACAAAGGCUGGGAGGCCUGAGCGAAGUGUGCAAAGUGUUUUCUAAAGCUUGAGAGGCCGCAGUGUUUCUUCUUUGAGGUUUGACACUUUUAAGAUGAUUUACGCAGCGAGGGAUGGCUUUCUACUCACCUCUGCAUCAUUUAUCUUCUCUGAAUACAUCGAUAAAACUCUGAGCUGGUGCUACAGGUGGUUAGCGUCAGUUUUAGAUCACCUAUACUUGAUUUUGAAAUGAAGACUCAACACGAGAUGAAUGUUGCCUACUGCUUGCUUCUCUAGUUUUACCAACUUUAGUAACGACCGCAGUAUAGUAAUACGCAGCAGUCUACGUCUCCACACCUCAACCUAAACGUCACUCUAUAGACAGGUUUCUUGUGUACAAACAAUACUAGGUGUGCGCGCAACCAUGGGGCAAAAGCCUGCUUCUGAGUGAACUGAUGUCAAUAAAGGUGCCGUAUUGUUUGUAAGUUCUCCCUGACACAAUUGCAAUAAAAUGUCAUUUCAUUGAAAAAUCACUUCGUCUGUCAUUGCAUCAAAAUCUGAAAAACACUUGCCGAAAUAUCCAUGAAUUUCACUCGAUUUACCAGGUUGUGACGUUGUUUUAGAUGUUUCUAAUAUCAGGAGCAGGGUUGUAAUGUUUGCUGAUUGUUUGUUUUUUCGUGAAGUUUACAUCACAACAGCUGCUUGUCGUUUUCGUUCUCCGUUGACUCCACUAGAAGACAAAUAAGAAAUGUCCCACUUUCUGUACAGACUACAGCGGGGUGACGCAGCUCAAGGAAGAACAUUUAUGAUCAUUUCUUCAAGGAAAUGCAAUCAGACCGAGACACUAAGUCAGAAGAACAACCGCGUCUGCAGUGCAAAAUGAUUAAUAUGGUGAUUAUUACUUCAAGGAAAUGAUAAAGAAAUGAUCAUAAAUGUUCUUCCUUGAGCUGCGGCACCCCGCUGUAGUCUGUAAUGGACUGGCCUGAGGUCUCCUUACAAACAAGCGGCUGCUGGAAGAGAGUAGGUGAGUUGUGUUUAGUCUCUUUGCUAAAGAAAUUAGUCAAAGUUAAAAAGAUGUUUGGUGUCUAGUACUAUGUCUGUGACCCUAUAUGUCCUGUUGAUGAAGUUAGGUGCUGUUCUGAGCAUUAUUAGUGGCUAUAGAGUGGCGUUUUGGUUGAAGUUUGUUUAUGGCUCCUCAGACCACUGUGUAUUGCUAUCGUGCGGUUGUUACUAAAGUUGGUAUAACUACAGAAGCAAGCGGUCGGCAACAUUCAUCUCUGGAGGGGGUGUCUAUCUCAGUGUUAUGGUGUGUUUGACCUUAAAUGAAUUUUACGCCGGAAUAUCCCUUUAAACAUGUUUAUCUGACUUAUAAACGCCAUUCUCUAGCGUCCGACUGUAAGAGUAGAAGAUAAUUGGCUGCUGUGGUAAUUAAAAAAGGUUUUCUGAGUUUGCACAAACUGCACAAAAUCCAACGACAGCCGGAGUAAAAACCCCUCGAAAAAACAACUCACACAAAAGAGGUCAAUGGUCAAAACCAGUUUGCCUUUGACCCCAGAAUGAGAGAAACGACCUGCAGAAACACACCUGAAAGUCGACCUUUCACCGAACACUGGAGCCGGUUUCUCUUUUUCAAACAUCCACAAACAAACUGCUGUCGAGUAAACGCUGCGGCCGUUCUUCUAAAAGUAGAACAAUGGACUAAUUUAGCUUUUUGUUUGCUUUUAAUGAAACUCUGAUUGGAUUAAGUGUACUGGCACUGUGUUUGCUUAUUUUGUUCCGCGGUCCAGACCGCAGGCCAUUUUUGUUCACUGCUUUAAAUUAUCUAAGCACCUAAUUACAGCAUAUUAGUAAUUAGAUAUGGCUUCAUAAUUCUGCGAAAAAUGGACUCGCUGAGAGUGCAGGAAUCCUUUCUAGUUUCUGAGAAUUCACAAUCAACAAACUGACCGUUAAAUGCAUCUCAGUGUUUAAUUCAUCUCUGUGCAGCUGCAGGGAUGUCUAAGGAUCAUGCAUACAUGGUUCCCCCACUUUAAGAUGGACUUCUGAAUUCCUGUGCACCCAGAUUCCUCCUUUAAACAUCCCACUCUUUUCAGCAUCUGUCUUCCUACAGGAAAGUUUGGUAUGAAUUAAAGAAACAGGCUCAGUUUGUUCAUUAAAAAUGUAUUUAUUAGGGCUUGUAGUUGAUAAAAAUUGUCACCUGGACCUCAAACCUUCAAGUUCUGAUCAAAACUGGUCACGAUUUAUUUGUGCAUGAGAUAAUAUAUCUAGAAAAAAAACCAACAGGACUUGUGAUGUGAAUUUUCCUCUAAGUGUUAAAAAGUUAAGGUCAAGGGAAGGCAUCACUGGUACCCGAAUGUCUGAAAAAGUGCCCUCUUGGAUGCUCCUGACGUAAAUAAAACAUUUUAAAAUGCCCUCUCGUUGUCUAACAUGGAAAAUUCAUGAAAAUGGCUUCAGUAGGAACUAUUGUAAAGGAUGAAACAUGAAAAAGUUCUCCUCAAGAUGUCUGAAAGCAUCUGAAUGCACUUCAAAAGAUUAAAAAAGCUGCCCUCUGGAUACCCUCAGAGUAUUAGAAAAAACAAUGUAAUGUUCUCUCUGGUAAAGUCAACAUAAGAAAUGCCCCCUGGAUGCCCUUCUGGUGAAUAUUAUGGGAAGUAGUGCUAUCUGGAUGUCCCUCAAGUUUCCAAAACUAUGACAAAAACACUCCCUGGAUUCACCUCCAGCACACAAAUCAUAAAAAGUGCCCCCUACAUGCCCUACCAGUAAAAAUAUUCUGCCAAAAAAUGCCAUCAGGAGGUCAAAAGUCAUGCAAAAAGCACCUUCUGCAUGAAAUUAAUAUAUAAAAAGCAGCAUGAAUUUUCUCUCAGUAACUGUAACAUAAAAUAGAGCCCUCUGGAUGCCCUCCGAGUGUUACUACAUGUUGUAAUGUGCUCUCCGGUGACUCUCUAGUAAAGUCAACAUAAGAAUUCCCUUCUGGAUGCUCUUCCAGUAAAAAUGUUAUGUGAACUAGUGCUCUCUGGAUGUCCCUGAAGUUUUCAAAACUAUGACAAAAGACAACCUGGAUUCACUUCCAGCACCCAAAACAUUAAAAAGUGCCCCCUGGAUGCCCUACCAGUAAAUGUGUUUUGCCAAAAAAUGCCAUCAGGAAGUCAAAAGUCUAAAAAGAGCAGCAUGAAUGUUUUUCCAGUAGAUGUAACAUAAAAUAGAGCCCUCCGGAUGCUCUUCCAUUGAAUUGUAUCCAAAUUGUGCUAUUUAGAAGCGACCCCUGGAUGCCUUACAGGUAUCUAAAAUGUGUAAAAUUGUGCCCUCUAUGUCACAACAGGAAAAAGGACCCAAAAUGCAGGCUAAAAAAAAGGAUUUAUUGAAAAGAACUCAAUGAAAAGCAACAAAAACUUACUUCAAGUGUCCAACUGAAAAAUCCCCAAAACACCAGGAAGUAGGGAUUCACACAUCAAGGAACAUGGUGACUGGCAGAAAUACACUUACACACAAUGAACCAACCAGGACAGAGGGGAAGACAGAGACUAUAUACACACUGAGAUACGAGCAACAGGUGAGGCUAACGAGACACAGGUGAAACUCAUGAGUGAUUAACAGAGGAGGGAAAACUAGGGAAGUAAAACCAGACUAGAAACACAAGGAAUCAACUCCUACAAAAUAAAACAGGAAAUAAACAUUGAAAACUGAUCUAAUGAAUAAAACACAGAGAACAGGAGGGAAACAGAGUCAAAGACAAACUGGAAACUCACAAGACUGGAAGUGCCAACUGGAUGCCUUUUAGUUAAAAUAGUGCCAUUUCAGUGUCCGACCAGUAUCAAAAACAAGGAGAAAGCACCUGCCUGGUAUAUAAACAUUAAAAAGUUCCUUCUAGAUGCCCUUCCAGUGUAUAAAACACAUACGUUUAAAGUAAAAUUAGGAUUUCCAUGCAGUAUAAACAAUAAAAAGUGUCAUCCCUGUAUAUCAAAUAUUGAAAAGUGCUUACUGGAUGCACUUCCAUUAAAAAUCCGUCCCUGAUAUUCUGUUCCUUGACCCAAUUAAAGGCUCGUUGGUCCAGAGCGUAAUUGUUCUAAUGGGUUUUCAUUGUAUAUGACCAUGAAAUGAAGGAACAAGUUGAUUAAUUUAACCCAACGUAGCCAAAAACUGGUUCCAAUGGUUCAUAAGAUGCCGUUGGUUUGUUACGGUAGUAGAGAGGAAAGGGUUUCCACACCACGGUGUUAUAAAAGUUGUUUUGGUCAGGUCCAGAAAAAGGGAAGUGGAAAACUCCCGUGCCAUCUGGCUGCUGACAUAACGCAGUUAGCUAACUAGGGGCAUUCCUGUGUACCUGUGGGGGCAUCCAGACAGGCCCUGCAGAGACUGAAAUAGCUCUGAGAUAAUCCCCCCCCAUCAAUGUCUCCAAAAACAGGGGCAUUUGGACCAUCUCCCCCCGGCCAGGCGUCGACUUCACGUGUUCCUGUGCCAAGAAUCUCCCCCGUGCCCAUUGAGACCCAGAGGAACUUCCCACCCGACCUUUAUUUGGUCAUGAGUGAUUUUUAACAAUACAAACACUGUCUGAAAUAUUACCGACACUGGAGGGGGUGGGAUGUGGGUGAGAGGGGAGGAAGACUCUGACCUGAUUUUAAAUAUUACUCAGCAACGGACGUGGGCGAUUGGGGGUUUGAUUAUCAGAUCUCAAAUUUGAGUUAAAGAGUUACAGAUGGUGGUUAACGGUUUCCACUAAAAACACGAUUGGCUCUCCCAAAUAUUGUUUAAAUCUGUUCAAAAACGUAUUUUUUCUCCAACUUCUUCCUGAUGUUGCGGUUCUUGUCAUCGUCUCCACCUUAAAUUAACUCUCCUUUUUUCCCUUGACCUUUUAAAAACCUUCUGAGCCAUCACCUUGGAAACACUGGAGGUGACAUUUUGGAGGCGCUCAGUGAUCAGUGAUUCAUCCUUGUAGUAAAACAGAGGAUCUGAUCCCCUACAAGUUCAAUGUGUCCCAGCUUGCCCAAGUUCACGUAUCAGAUUAGGUCCCGUGCGAAUGCCCAAAAGUUCACCCUCCGGUGCUGGUAGUGACUAAGAUCCUUAGCCUCUGGCGUGCCAGAGCUUGUCCGAUGCUGGCUUUUAGAUGGCGGUCGUGAGCCUGAAAGCCUGAAAGGUAAACAUAUCUGCACUUAGCUGAGUUUGUGUUUCGAGGAAAACAGUCCUGCUUCAUUAUAGAUGAUGGACUCUCGGCAGAACUUUUUACCAACUUCUUGACCUAUUUCACACCCAGGAGAGACAGAGAUGUACUUUCUCUCAGAUUUCUACACUCAAGCAAAAAAGAAAAAGAAAGAAAGAAUGUCCUAAUGCACGAUAGAUUCGCAGGUUUGGUGCUCAUAGGAUGCAAAGGGUAUUUUUGGUAAAUAGUUCCCCCUCAGAAGUCGUCUUUAUUGCUGCAUUCAAGUUACCUCAGAAGUCAGAAGUCCGAGCUGAAAAUGACGUCACACCGGAGUUCCUGGCAUUUCAGUUACCAAGUCGGAAAAAAGCAAAAUCGGAGGCCUGAAAUAAGACGGCUACAUUUAAGAAAGUUAUUUUAGCGCUUGCCUUAUCUUUGGACAAGGCAAGGGCUAAAAUAACUUUCAUAGAUGUAGCCAUCUUGUUUCCGCCAUAUGGCCUUUUGUCAUUUAUGACGCAAAAAAACUGUAAUUCAAACAAAAAUGUCAAAGGGUUUCCAGAGUUGCCAUGGCGAUUUUUAGAAACAAAGUACCCCUUAAAGCCCCAAAAAAUAUAACAAAUGUUAAUCAAAGCAAAAAAGUCAUAUUGAAGUCAGUCUAGUAGAAGUUUUUGUUUUGUUUCCGACCUCAGGAAGUAAAUUUUGGAUCCUAGUGAUGUCCUGUAACUUAAUGCUGCGUUCCAGUUUCCUCAGAAGUCAGACGUCGGAGCUGAAAAUGACGUCAUACCUGAGUUAACAACAUUUCAGUUACCGAGUUGAAAAAAAGCAAAAUCAGAGGCGGAAAGAAGAUGGCUACAUCUAGGAAAGUUAUUUUAACACUUGCCUUGUUCGAAUAUAAAGCAAGCUUUCGUACUUUUCGUACAUGUAGCCAUCUAGUUUCCACCUCCGAUUUUGCUUUUUCCAACUUGGCAACUGAAACGCUGGGAACUCGGGUGUGACGUCAUUUUCAGCUCCGACAUCUGACUUCUGAGGUAAAUGGAAUGCACUGUAUGGCCUUUUGUCAGUUAUGACGCCAAAAAAACUGUAAUUCAAACAAAAACGUCUGAGGGUUUCCAGUGUUGCUAUGGCGAUAGUACCCCCUAAAGCCUAAACAAAUUAUGACAACUGCUAAUCAAAGCAAAAAAAGUCAGAUGGGAGUCGGUCUUGUAGAAGUUUUUGUUUUGCCAGUGUACUAAGGACUGUUUUCGCGAAAAUCCGUUAGCCAUCUUGUUUCUGCCUCUGAUUUUGCUUUUUUCCGACUUGGUAACUGAAACGAUGGGAACUCGGGUGUGACAUCAUUUUCAGCUUGGACUUCUGACUUCCGCAUUAGAGCCAGUUGCAUUGUAAGAUGUAAGAAAGUCAUCAAACCGGCAAACCAAGGGUCUCGCCGCAUCUCCGGUCGUGCUCUCGCCCUUGUAUCUUUCCUCUUUAACCUUUCCACUCCCCGCGGCCCGGCCAAGCUUUGCCAUUUGCUCAGUUGACCCUGAAUCUGGACAAUCAGACAUGACACUUCUGGCCUACGUGCCAUCUGGGAAUUCGACAUGGAUCAGAUACAGAAAGGAAGCUUCUCCGGGCCAUUGUGCGGGGAUUAACUCAAGCAGUAGACUGGACAGUAGGCCUGCUGCUCUGUUUUUACUGCUGAUCCCGAGCCCACCGCUGUGGAACGGCUUGGACUGCAGAGGCCUAGUGCCCCUUAAAAGUGGGGUCCUGACCCUCUGAGUUUGUGUGCGCGGGUACAUUCAAUCGGGAGAUCGCCGUUUAUGACGGUGGGGGUCUCAGGUUACCCCAGAAAAGAGGGGAGUGAUGGUUCUGUGCUUUGGAUACGGAGGAGAUUAUGUAAGACAGCAAAACAAAAGGCACCCCAGCUGCUGAAACUCCUGAGUUUGAACACACACCUGAUUUCAGUUGACUUUUGCCCCUUUUUGCUGCAGUCUUCAAAGAAAAGCCCGAGAGAGCACAGUGGAGCGUCAACGUAGGAACUCCAGUCCAACAACACCAGAUCUAUCUGAUGGCGAAAGGCGCCAGCACCUUGUUAUUGCUCCGUUUGGAAUUUCCUUUCUCCCGUUCUCUCUUAGACCUUUUGUAAUCAUAUUCUACAACCGGAUGUCAAAUUUACCUCUUGCAGAGUAUCCCCACUCGCUUUCUUCGCCUUUCCACAAGUCUGCAUGUUACAGCUUGGCCCUUGCAUAAUUGUGGACUAUCCGUUUUCUGGCUGGCUGUGUGACCUUCUCUACUGUCUGUGCUUAUUUCCCUUCUUUCCUUCGGUGUCAAGUCAAGUUCUGCAUAAGGGAAAUACAUGCAUUCCUGCAGAAAUUCAACAAAAAGAAACUUCGGGUUCGGUCCGGUCUCUCGUUUUUCGUGCAGAAUCAGCCGGUUUUGAAGUGACGCUCCUUUUCCACUCCCUAAGCCUGCUCUGUUGUCAGAAACAACAUGUUGGGUCGGACCUGGUGGCCUCUCACAUUGUUUGCUCCAUCUGUUUGAAGAGAGGGGAUUUUUUUUUUUUUUUAGGUUGAUGUUUAACAAGACUCCGAGGAGAGGGGAGACAGUGGAAGUGAAUCAAAACCGCCUGGAGGAAUCACAGGAGGACCACAGGAAGUCUGCUUUCUGAGAAGUCCCAGUAUUAGACCAGUUCAUUCUGGGCAUUUGUUAUGCUAAAGGCUGAACUGCAUAUAAGAGGAGAUUGAAACCUAAAUUGGGAGUUCUGGUUGCUUAUCGCCAUUAUUAAAUAUAAUAAUAACGUUUAUUAAUAUAGAUCUUUAAAAACAGACGCUUCAUUUUUGGACUGUUUGGAGGCGAUUGAUCAAUUUCUGAUUAAUUCCUGUUAAAAAAAACUAUUCGAAUAAUCUAAUCCUGAUCAAAUAAAAGGAUGAAUAAUUGUUUGGGGGUCAUUAAAGUCAGCACAGAUCUUUUUCUGGUGAUAUUUCUUCGAUAAUAAAAGCAUGAUUAGAUAACUGUGUAUGUUUCUGAAAAAAGAAGUUGUUGUCAAAAGUCGCUCCGAGGUUUCGUACAUUUCGUUUUACAUCGAGAGAGACUCUUUUUCAGGGCUUGUCCAGCUUUGUCUGGGGACAUUCAAAUAUCUGGGGUUUUGUACGAGAGUUUUGAUUUUGUGUCACGUGGACUUACUGAGUUAGAAGCGCUUAAAAGACACUUGAAAAAUUAACUUUCUACGACUCUGCGUGUCCUCUUUUUGCGAGGUCAGAAUAUGGUCACCCUGAGAGAGACAGAACCAAAGGGGGGACUGAAUAUAGGGGUGCAACUUCUCUGGGACAAUCAUGAGUAUUUCCGUUUUCUCCAGGUUGAAUUUUAAGAAAUUCAAGCCAGUUUGUAAAGUUUGAGAGGUUUUUUAGUGUCGCUAGGAUCUACAGGCGGAUACAGCUGAGUGUCAUCAAUGUAGCAUGUAAAUACGUAAUGGAAGUGGUCCUAAAACGGACCCCUGAGGUUCUCUAAAGUCACUUUAAAUGUGAAGAAAGGCUUCAUUUAAAGGCGUGGUUGAUGAUCUGAGAAGCAGUUGAACCAAAUUGAGCCAUUGAGGCAGAUUUGAAAAAAGCGUCAAAUCUGACAUUCACCAUGUCGGAUUGCUGGCGACUAGCGGCAGUAAACGCCAUCUCUGCUAGCGAGCACCGUCUGCAGCUGCCUGAACAGAUACCAUGUUGACAUUGCAGAGACUAAUAAGAGUUAUUUAUGUAACAUGUGCCACGAUAAAAGGCGAUAAAAAUGACCUGUUCAACAAAAACUCUGCUGUCUCAGUGUCUGUUUUAGGCCCAAAUCCUGGCGGAACUUUCUCCACCACUCGAAGGAUGACCCGAUGUUUAUUCAAGUUAGAUUCCUCGCUUUUUUUUGCGUCCUUCUCCAUCACAGCUCCUGUAGCUAAGCUGCUACGCUACUUUUAGCCGCUCAGAGCUCUGAGGAGGGCCGGGAGAGUGGGAGGGGACGAGUCGGAACUACUGGAGAGGGGAGUGUCGAAUACAGGUGAUUGGAUGGAGAGGCGGAGCAGGAGAUUGACGGAUAGGAGCUGUCUGAGACGGAUGGCUCCCACUGGUCAAUGUUUUUGCAGCCCUGUUGAAGAUUAAAAUAGUGUCUGUAAUAUUUUCAGUCACAGGACGAGGAUUAGCUUCUUGAGCUCCCCCUAGUGGUGUGUAUUUGGGCUCAGACUGCUAUAUUAUAAGCUUGACUGUUUGUGAUAAAUUCAAGCUAAACAAGCAACCAGAUUAGGCCUCAAAUAUUUAUGACUAUGACUUAUAUGUGGUGACAGACGGGGAAAUUAGGGCAGAGAGACUCUUUAAUUCGAGGCCCACUGAUACCUGAUUGUUCCUGAUACAGUUGAAACCUGCAGAGGCCUUAGAUAUAGACUGAAUUCAUCAUUCUGUCCCCCAAACACUCGUUUUAAAGAAGUGCAAAAGCUCAUUUAACAUCUGCUCAUGAAAUUAAAAUCACACUAGAAGGGAAAAAAAGCAUCCAUGGAAACCCGAGUGUGACUAAAGUUCAGCAGCGGCCAACUCUUUCUCAGCCAGAGAGCUUGUUAACCGAGCUGCAUGUGGUUGCCUCACCCUGUGAAAAAAAAAAAAAAAAAAGCAGGGCUCGUAGUGACUCACUGAUUGUGCCGAUGCGUUUCAGAGCACUUCAACAGUGGUUUUGGCAAAUCAGAGCUUACCCCCCGCUUAACAAGUCUAUUCUCGGCCGUGACGACGAGGGGGGAAAAUUGUCACAAAACGAGGGGAUGGUUACGCAAAAUUGACGGGGAAUUAAAUAAACGAGAGAAAGUGGAAAAUAAAGCCAGUAAUGAAAGCAAAGCAUGCAUAUGAUUCAUCUGCAGGGCGAGCCAAAGUGAGAAGAAAGUACGCCAUGUUGCAUCGAAUCACAUUGUUUUGCAUUUUGGUCCCUUAAAGAGGCAAAAAGUUUGUUAGUUUGCUCCAAAGUUUUGAACUUUUAUGAUAAUGUCUUCUUUUUUGUUUUGUAGGAGAAGCUUUGGAACCCCUUCCUGAGCAGGGCGUGAGCGAGAUCCCGGCCAUCCGGAAACCCAGCAAAGAGAGCACUUGGCUGGGGCCCAAGGAGAGCGCCGUACGCCAGCACCGACAGGAGAUGAAGACCAAAAUGAAGACCAAUAAAGUGGAGGAGGUGAAACCGGCGCGUCCCAAACAGGUUAGGCGCCUGAUCCACCUGAUCCUCUCUGCAUCCCUGAGUUUAGACUCUCUGAGCGGCCUCCUGUUUUUUUCCAUCCAUCAUUAAAAACAUUUACAAGGUUAAAGCUCCACCAGAAAGUUUUAACUAUCUCAACAACGACGUUUGGCUCCUUCUGAGCCGUGAGGUAAACCUGAGGUCACUGGCAGGACGUGUUGUUCGAAAACAUGAUUCAUUUGCUCAUUACAGAAACCCCCUUUGCUUUAUAGAGAGUGUGUGUGUGUGUGUGUGUGUGUGUCUGUGUUUGUGUUUUAUGGGAUUUUAUGCAGAAAGUGAGAAACACUCUGAUUGCUUUGCAAACACAUUUCCUCGCUGAUACAUCUUGAAGUUUUGAUUUUCAUAAAUUUGGAAGCUUUUCAACUCGAAACAAACUCCCAAACUCUGCACACGUGCGAGGGUGAACGGAAUCAUUUGUACUGAACACUUCUUGCUGCAGGCCACAACAUUUUACCCAGAAAUCCGAUGACGCCGACACGCCCAAAUCAAGCUGCACGGUCCUGUGAACAUGACAAGUGUUGUUUUGUUUUUGCUCUUUGUUUUUUCAAGACUCAGUGUCAGCAGGAGCUGGAUCAGAUCCUGGAGAGGAUAUCCAAGAUGCCCUUCAGAGAUAACCGAGGUCCUCUGGAGGACCUGUACGCCCUGCACAUCCCCAACUGCGACAAGAGGGGGCAGUAUAACCUCAAACAGGUGACUCCAGGCCUGGUGGAAGACAGUUUAGCAUGAACUUUUUCCUUUAACUCUCUAAUUUACAUAAACAUUCAUGCAGAUAAUGAAACAAAAUCAAAACAUGCAUGCAUAAACACUUAAAAUAUGUCUUUUAAUGGAUAGUUUUGCACAAAAAAGUUGUAAAUAUGCAUCUAGGUGUUGAGUAAAAAGAAAGUGAAUUGAAACAAAUUGAUUAUAAAAGUGUAAGUUUAUGUUUAAGGGCGUAAAAACAUGCAGAAAGUAACUUUAUUCUUCGUUUCAGUGCAAGAUGUCUCUCCACGGUCAAAGGGGCGAGUGCUGGUGCGUCAACCCCCACACCGGCCGACCUAUCCCAUCAGCCCCCACCGUCAGGGGCGACCCCAACUGCGGCCAGUACCUCAGAGAGCUGGAGCUGGAGCUGCCUGACAUGGCGCAGAUGUAGAGUGGCGUUAAAUCGAAAUAUAACAACAAAAAAAGGAGAAAAAAACUGUAAAGUUCUUGGGAACAAAAACAUCUGAGUAAGCUAUAUAUUAUCUUUCAGUGUGUUUGCGUCUGUAGUUUACAUGAUGACGGCGACAUGUGAAAUCGUAGCCACCAAAAAAGGAUUAAACGGUAGAGUCCGGCUUGCUGUGUAGGAUGUAUCUGCAGAUUAUUGUUAGGAGGAGGAGGAGGAGGAGGAGGAGGAGGAGGAGGAGAGGGUAGAUUUUUUAGGAGAUGUCAGCUGGAGUGUUGGCGACUCUGCUUUACUAAUCGUGACUCUGCUCAGAUUUGCUCUGUUAUCAGUGUUUUGUACUGUACGUGUUUUAAAAAAAAAGAAAAAAAAAGGAAAAGCCUGAAACAUUUUUGGUGUUUUUAGGAGUUUUUUUGUGUCGUAGCUUGCAGACUACUGUUACUCAACAUUAACAGAUAACACUAUUAAAGUGGUGAGAAACUCAACCGGCCUGGUUAUUCUUCAAUUCAAACCUAG